UAUGCGGGCGUACAUUGCAGAAGUCAGCAGGCACAUUUUAUCACAGGUCGAGACCGGGUGAACCAGACUCUUGUGUGUGGCGUUUAUCUGCUAAACAAAGGGAGACAAUUGCUCUCAACAUUACCCGCCUCAACAUAACGAUGUCUCCCAACUGUGCUGGAGACUAUCUGGAAGUUAGAGAUGGACAUUAUUUCAAGUCGCCACUUCUGGGUCGGUAUUGUGGUGAUCAGAUACCACCUACCUUAAAAUCGACAGGAAGAAGAAUGUGGGUAAACUACGCAACACGAAAUGGUGGUUAUAACAGCUUUGCUGCAUCUUACGAAGCUAGUUGUGGAGGUGAAUUCUUUGGUUCUGGAACGAUCGCCAGCCCUGAUUAUCCUGAUGAAUAUCUUCCUGGGAAGAAAUGCUCUUGGAAGAUUACAGUAAAAAAAGAGUUCAUUGUUGUCCUCGAAUUUAAAUCCUUUCAGUUACAAGACCACAAAAACUGUGAAUACGAUUACGUAGCAGUUUACGAUGGACCAACAGAGGCAUCGCCUUUGCUUGGCAAGUACUGUGGAGAUAGAAAGCCAGAAACAAUCAAGUCCUGUGAUAACACUAUGUACGUGAAAUUUGUCAGUGAUCUGUCUACACAGAAGGCUGGUUUCUCCGCUACUUUUGUUCCAGAACCACCUUAA